AUGUCCCAGCCCCCCCCCCCCCAGUCCUUGGGGGCGGAGGGGCCGGCGGAGGCGCGAGGGGCACCCGAGGCGUGCGGGGAGGCGCCGGGGGCCGGGCUGGACGCGGCGGCGCGGGAGCGGCAGCUGCAGCGGGAGCUGUUGGCCCUCAAGCAGCAGCAGCAGCUCCAGAAGCAGCUGCUCUUCGCCGAGUUCCAGAAGCAACACGAGCACCUCACCCGCCAGCAUGAGGUCCAGCUCCAGAAGCACCUCAAGCAGCAGCAGGAAGCGCUGGCCGCCCGCCGGCAGCAGGAGCUGGAGCAGCAGCGGCAGCGGGAACGGCAGGAGGCCCUGGAGCAGCAGCAGCGCCUGGAGCAGCUCCAUGCCCUGCGCACCAAGGACAAGAGCCGUGAGAGCGCCAUCGCCAGCACGGAGGUGAAGCUGAAGCUGCAGGAGUUCCUGCUCAGCAAGACGAAGGAGCCGGGCACCGGCCCCCCCAACCAUUCCCUCCCCCAGCACCCCAAAUGUUGGGCUCAUCACACCUCGUUGGACCAGAUCCCCCCCCAAACCGGCAGCCCGGGGACACCCCCAUCCUACAAACUCCCCCUCCUCGGUACCUACGACGGCCGGGAUGAUUUCCCGCUUCGCAAAACCGCCUCCGAACCCAACCUGAAAGUGCGCUCGCGGUUAAAACAGAAGGUAGCGGAGAGGAGGAGCAGUCUGCUGCGGAGGAAGGACGGCACCGUCAUCAGCACCUUCAAGAAGCGAGCCAUCGAGAUCACGGGUGAGCCGGGGCUGGGGGGGGCACACGGGGCCACGUGCCUCAGCAGUGCCCCGGGCUCCGGGCCCAGCUCCCCCAACAGCUCCCACAGCACCAUCGCCGAGAACGGCUUCACCGGCUCCGUCCCCAACAUCCACGCCGAGCUCCUGCCCCAGCACCGAGCCCUCACCCUGGACGGCGCCAGCCAGCUCAGCCUCUACACGUCCCCGUCCCUGCCCAACAUCUCCCUGGGGCUGCAGGCCACCGUCACCGUCACCAACUCCCACCUCAACGCGUCCCCCAAGCUGUCACCGCAGGCGGAGGCCGAACGCCCGGCGGUGGCCGCCCUGCGCCCCGGGGCCGCCCUCACCGGCAAAUUCCUGAGCACCUCCUCCAUCCCGGGCUGCCUGCUGGGGGUGGCCUUGGAAGGGGACCCCCCCGCCGGCCCCGCAUCCCUGCUGCAGCACGUCCUGCUGCUGGAGCAAGCGCGCCAGCAGAGCACCCUCAUUGCCGUGCCGCUGCACGGGCAAUCGCCGCUGGUGACGGGGGAGCGCGCGGGGAGCGUGCGGACGGUGAGCAAGCUGCCGCGGCACCGGCCCCUGAGCCGCACGCAGUCGUCCCCGCUGCCCCAGAGCCCCCAGGCCCUGCCCCACGGCUCCCUGCCCCACGGCACUCUCCAGCAUCAUUUCCUCGACAAGCAGCAGGUUCAACUGGGAAAGGUGUUCCCCGAGGCACCGCUGCAGCUGUACCCCGCGCCCCCCCUGGGUAUCCUGGCGUUAUCCCACCCGGCUCUCGCCCGCACCCAGUCGUUCCCCGCCAGCGCCGGCAUCAAGCCCCCCGCACCCGAUGGGCCCCCCAAGCACCUCUUUACCACAGGCGUGGUGUACGACACGUUCAUGCUGAAGCACCAGUGCACCUGCGGGAACACCAACAUCCACCCCGAGCACGCCGGCCGCAUCCAGAGCAUCUGGUCCCGUCUGCAGGAGACCGGUCUCCUCGGCAAGUGUGAGCGCAUCCGGGGCAGGAAGGCGACGCUGGAGGAGAUCCAGACGGUGCACUCGGAGCAUCACACGCUGCUCUAUGGCACCAGCCCUCUCAACCGCCAGAAGCUCGACAGCAAGAAGCUCCUGGCUCCCAUCAGCCAGAAGACGUACGCGGUGCUGCCGUGCGGGGGCAUCGGGGUGGACAGUGACACGGUGUGGAACGAGAUGCACUCGUCCAGCGCCGUGCGCAUGGCAGUGGGCUGCCUGGUGGAGCUCGCCUUCAAGGUGGCCGCCGGCGAGAUCAAGAACGGCUUUGCCGUCAUCCGCCCCCCGGGACACCACGCAGAGGAGUCCACGGCCAUGGGCUUCUGCUUCUUCAACUCGGUGGCCAUCUCGGCCAAACUGCUCCAGCAGAAGCUCAGCGUGGGCAGGAUCCUCAUCGUGGACUGGGACAUCCACCAUGGGAACGGGACCCAGCAAGCCUUCUACAGCGACCCCGACGUCCUCUACGUCUCCCUCCACCGUUACGAUGACGGCAACUUCUUCCCAGGCAGCGGGGCACCCGAGGAGGUGGGCAGCGGGAUGGGAGUGGGCUACAACAUUAACAUCGCCUGGACCGGCGGCGUCGACCCCCCCAUCGGGGACGUGGAGUAUCUCACCGCCUUCAGGACCGUGGUGAUGCCCAUCGCCAACGAGUUCUCGCCAGACGUGGUGCUGGUCUCGGCCGGCUUCGAUGCCGUCGAGGGUCACCUCUCCCCGCUCGGCGGCUACUCCGUCACCGCCAAAUGUUUUGGCCACUUAACGAAGCAGCUGAUGAUGCUGGCGGGGGGCCGGGUGGUGCUGGCGCUGGAGGGGGGGCACGACCUGACGGCCAUCUGUGACGCCUCGGAGGCCUGCGUCUCCGCUCUGCUCGGCCUGGAGCUGGAGCCCCUGGAUUCAUCCCUCCUGCAGCAGAAGCCAAACGUGAACGCGGUGGCCACCCUGGAGAAGGUCAUCGAGAUCCAGAGCAAGCACUGGGGCUCGGUGAAGCGCUUCGCGGCGACGGUGGGCUGCUCUUUGCUGGAGGCGCAGAAGGGGGAGGCGGAGGAGGCCGAAACGGUGACCGCCAUGGCCCUGCUCUCGGUGGGCGCCGAGCAGGGGAGCGCCGACCCCCAGCCCAGGCCGGCGGAGGAGCCGAUGGAGGCUGAGCCCAUGCUGUGACCCACCGGCCCCUCGCCGCACGUCCAAGAUUUUUUCCGUUUCCAAAAAAAGAAACACCGAGAAGAAAAAACACACACAAAGAAAAUCACAUUAAAAAAAAAAAAAACCACACGUUAAAAAAAAGGACAAAAAAAACCCCCGAAAUGGAAGAAACCGGGAGGAAAAACAGAAAAAAGAGGAAAAUAUUUUCUUUUUCUAUUAAAAAGAGGAGAAAAACACAAAAAAAUACCAACUCCCCUGUCCUGUUGGACCCCAGCUCCACGCGGUGUUUGCGGUCGUGUCUCUUGUGAAGCAUCAGUUCCACCAGCACCCCAGCUCCUCCUGCCCCCUCUGUCCGUCCGUCCCUCUGUCCGUCUGUUGGGUUUUCCUGUCGCUGCCCCGGGCCCCCCUGGCCCCCCACCGCAGCUCCCCUCUUUUUUUUUUUUUUUAGGGGGAUUUCCUUGUUUUCUCCCCUUUUUUUUUUUCCCACUCGGUCCCUCCCCAGCUCCGGUGUCUGUCCCCCCCCGGGGGGAGGCGAUGGGAAAUAUUCGUGCCUUUAAUUCAGUUUUUUUUUUUAAUGCCUUAAUUUCCCUGUGAUUUUGGGGGGUUUUCUCAAUUUUCUUCUUUUUGUUAUUUUUUUUUUUUUCCCCUUGGCGUCCUUGUUUCAGAGGGGGACAUGAGACGCAGGGGACGAGCCCCGUCCCUUUGUCACCCUGGGUCGAUGGGUGACGGAUCCCAGCACCUUCGUUGGGAUAAAACUGUCCGUUCUUAAAAGAGAGGAGAAAAAAAGGAAAAAAGACACACAAAAAAAAAAAAAGAGGAAAAAACCACUUUAUUUUCCUGUUACUUCACCAGCCGGAGGGGACUUGGAGCGAUUUUAGCUUUAAAAGAGAGGAAAAAAAAAAACAAACCACCCACACAAAACAAAGGUAUAUAAUUUUAUUACAGAUGUAUUAUUUAAUAGUAUUUUUUUAAUGGGUGGCACCGGCCACGGGUCCUGGUGCGGAGGGGGAGGAUGGGGACAGCGCUUCGUGUUUUAAGUUAUUCCGGGGGGGUUUGGGGUGGCUCUGGGGAGGUCCCCAAAUUGGGGGGUGGUGGCGGAGAUGGGGAUGAGCGUGUGUCCCCUGUCACCUCCCCUGGCCCCGGUGGGGGGGGGGGGGGUGUCACCAAGUGCUGCAGUGACCCCAGUCUGGCUGUCCCCAACACUGGGGACAACACCUUGGCCCCAAGGUGGGGGCUCUGUUGGGUGGUGGUGGCAGCCCGGGACCCUCCUCAUCCCUCCCCAUCCCAGGAGGAAGAAACACCUCACAUAGAAACUAACCACCUCCUGGGGGGGGGGGCGAGGGGUGCUGGCCCCCCAGCAGCGAGGCCAUCUUGCUUUGGGCUGGUGUCGUCAUGUCCCCCCCCCCGCGUUGUCCGCCCCCUGCCCCAGCCCUGCCUCGGUUUCUUUUCUGUCCGUCCGACGCCCGCUCACGCGCUCUCGAUAUGGUUUUCAGUUGAGUAUUUUGUAAGAUGUUACCGAUGUUCGUCCUUGUAUAAAUAAAACUGUUUCUGGCAAUA